AUGGAUGACUGUUACUACUACCUGUACUCGGCGUGCACAAAGAAAAAUUGCACAUAUAGGCACUCGGCAGCUGCAAAGAAGAACUUGAUUAUGUGCAAGUUGUGGGCAAAUAAAAAACAGUGCCGCAACGAAUGUCCGCUCCGACACAGCGAUUAUCAUCUCAGAAAGGAUCGGAAGGACAUUCAUUGCUACUGGGAGGACAUGGAGGGGGGCUGUCAGAAAGAGUUCUGUGAUUUUAAACACCGUAACCCGGAAAAAGAUGAGUGGAAGAUGGUAAAAAUUAGGACAUUGGAUGAAAUAAAAAGAAAGCAAAGCGAGGCGCACAAUUUUCACGAUGUUUAUGCGCAGCGCCACCAUUCACCGGAUGAGGCGUUUACCACGGGCAUCUCCGGCUCGCAGCUGUCUGAAGGAGAAAUCCAGCAGAUGAACAAUAUAGGUGCACAUUAUACCUUUAAAAUGGACGACCCAUCAGAUGAUAAAGUGUCACGGAAAGUGUUUUUGCCCAAGGACAUUAAGAUAGGCGGUAAAGCUGCACAGACAGAGCAUGUGAAUAGCAAACAGGACAACCCUCCCUUGCAGCUCGACAAUAAAGAGUUUACAUCUGCAGACAUAGAAAAAGAGCUGGAAAUGAUAGACAAGGCCCUGGAAGAGGAGGGACUGGAUAUGCGGAAGCUAUACGAAAAGUAAAUUUGUUUUAGAAAAUGAAUUUUUGCGUCCACAUGUACAUAAAUAGCGAAU